UCACUUUACAGUCCAUAUCUAGGUGUUCAUUGUUCCUUUUCUCUCUCUAGCUUAUUGGCGGGACCGGUUUACGAUUCUUACUUAUGAUCGUCAAGAUGUUGACUCUGGAAACACCCAACUCACACAUUGCCAGGUUGACCAGUUAUACGGAACAAUUAGACUUGCUAGACAGCUCUCAUCACGACAGAGAAACCAUGGCUUCCCAAGAUUCAGCCUCAGUAGAGGCCAUGACUCCUGCUAAUAAGCUGUUAAGCAAGGUCAAGGAUGAGCAGGUGUCUCGCCAUCCAUCGCCGCAGCCCACUCAUUUCAGCGUCCCCCUUGGUAGUGACAAGGUUAAUGGCCAGAAUGGACACAAGGUCCUACGAUCCGCUACAGUCGGAUAUAUUGCACCAGAGUUCAAGGGCAAAGGAGCACAGAUGGCCACAGUCAAGGAACUAAUAGAGAAAGAUGGCUGGAUUCCUGCCUCGCAUCUGGAUGAGCAAAUAUCUUGGUUCUAUAAUGAACUGGGCAUCGACGAUGUUUACUUUCAGAUGGAGAAAGCAGAGGUUAUUGCCACGAUAAUAACAUCGAUGUAUGCCGCCAAGGUCGCAGCCCACUCACGCAUAGACAAGCGUGAAGAGAUACAGCUGGACAUGGAGGCUACAGAUCACGCUAUCUACAUUGACACCAGUGUACCUGGUUUGUCUAACAUCAAGGGCCCGCGUUACGAAAACAGACUGGAAGCGAAGUACCUUGAUCACACAGACCCCGACAAGAGAUUUCGAGUUGAAACCUUCCGCUCACCCGUGUCUUUAUCCAACGAUAAGACAUCCACUACUUCUCUCCGCUGCUACUUCGUGUACCAGUGCCAAUUCGUGGAUUCUAGGCCAGAUCCGAAUGAGACGCGUCUAGAAGUCAUCAGCGAUAGGAUGUUUUUGACAAAGGCGACUAAGAAUACUAAGCUGAUCUAUCAUGACAUCAUCAAGCUCGCUGUCAGCCGUACAGGGCCAGUUAUUGAAGUAUUCGAUAUCGAAGGCACGGAGGAGAAGCGUCUCGUCGUCGCAUUCCGUUCCCGGACAGCUCGUGGACUUUUCAGCGCUUUGAGCGACUUGUACCAUUAUUACGGAGUUACUAGCUCCAGGAAAUAUGUUGAGCAAUUCUCAAACGGCAUCACCGUCAUGAGUAUCUACCUGAAACCAGCUGCAACCCCAGAAAAAUUAUCCAUGCCCAUGGAGCAAUCAAUCCACCAAAUCACCAAAGAAAUCUCUCUAUUGUACUGCAUCCCGCAGAACAAGCUUCAUCCACUGUUUGCAUCUGGACAGCUAAGUCUUCAAGAAACUGUCUAUGGACAUUGCGUCUGGGUUUUUGUCCAGCACUUUUUGAACCGCCUAGGGUCGGAGUAUACAUCCAUCAGAAACGCGUUAAAUGCUACUAAUGCAGCGCAUGCCGAGAUGCUCUCUAAGCUUAAGCGCCGCUUACGCUCUGAGACUUUCACUCCUGACUACAUAUUAGAGAUCAUCUCAUCCUACCCUGAAUUGGUCAGGUCUCUGUAUGCAGCCUUUGCCAGUAUUCAUCUAGCUGUUGGAGCAGGAUUUGAACGCCAUGUCAUUGCCCCAACUCCUUCCGUUGACAUUCUCUCGGAUGCUCUUCUUAAGGAAAAGAUCAGCAGAGAAGUGUCCAACGAACAUGAGGAGAUGGUGAUGACCGCUUUCCGAAUAUUCAACACUGCUGUUCUGAAAACCAACUACUUCACGCCUACUAAAGUAGCCUUGAGCUUCCGUCUUGAUCCAAAAUUUCUUCCGGAGUCAGAAUAUCCCCGUCGUUUAUUUGGCAUGUUUCUUGUUAUUAGUGCCGAAGCACGGGGUUUCCAUCUCCGAUUCAAGGAUGUCGCCCGCGGCGGUAUCAGAAUCGUGAAAUCCCGCAGCAAGGAGGCAUUCAGUAUCAAUGCGAGAAAUCUGUUCGAUGAAAACUACGGUCUUGCUAGCACGCAGCAACGCAAGAAUAAGGAUAUUCCGGAAGGUGGUUCAAAGGGUGUGAUUUUACUUGAUGCCAAACAGCAAGACAGAGCACGCGAAGCUUUCGAGAAAUACAUUGACAGUAUUCUGGAUCUUCUCCUCCCUGCUCAAACCCCCGGCAUCAAGAAUCCUAUAGUUGACCUUCAUCUCAAGCAGGAGAUUUUAUUCAUGGGCCCCGACGAAAACACGGCUGAUUUGGUGGAUUGGGCUACCGAGCAUGCUCGUUUACGAGGUGCUCCUUGGUGGAAGUCCUUUUUCACAGGCAAAUCCCCCAGGCUGGGUGGUAUUCCGCACGACGCAUAUGGCAUGACUACAUUGUCGGUAAGAGAAUAUGUUAAAGGCAUCUACCGCAAGCUGAACCUUGAUCCUGCCACUGUCAAAAAAAUGCAAACUGGCGGUCCUGAUGGCGAUCUGGGAAGCAACGAGAUCCUUCUCAGCAAUGAGAAAUACACCUCCAUUGUCGACGGUUCCGGUGUCUUGGUCGAUCCCAAUGGUAUUGACAAGGAUGAACUGCGACGUUUGGCCAAGAAACGGGUCAUGAUCUCUCAAUUUGACAUAUCAAAGCUGUCAAAGGAUGGCUAUCGUGUCUUGUGCGACGACUCAAAUAUCACAUUGCCUUCUGGUGAAUUCGUUAAUAAUGGAACCGCAUUCCGCAAUGUGUUUCAUCUGAGGGAUUCGGAUCUCACGGAUUGUUUUGUCCCUUGUGGUGGUCGCCCUGAGUCCAUCGAUCUUGCCACUGUGAACAGGCUUAUUAAAGAUGGAAGAACCAAAAUACCUUAUAUCGUUGAAGGAGCCAAUCUCUUCAUCACACAAGACGCCAAACUCCGGCUGGAAGAAGCUGGAUGUGUUCUAUUCAAAGAUGCUUCUGCAAAUAAGGGUGGAGUUACGUCGUCCUCACUGGAAGUUCUCGCAGCACUCAGUUUCGAUGAUGCAGGAUUCCAAGAAAACAUGUGUUGCGAUGACCAAGGCCGAGCGCCCGAGUUUUACAAAGCGUACGUGAAAGAAGUUCAAGAGACUAUCUGCGGAAAUGCCCGACUAGAAUUCGAAGCCAUAUGGAGAGAGUACGAGCAAACUGGAGUGCCUCGUGCAGUGCUUUCGGAUAAGCUGUCUGUUGCUAUCACGGACCUCGAUGAGUCACUGCAGCAGUCUGAUUUGUGGCACAACGAGAAGAUUCGACGAUCUGUGCUGGCCGAUGCCCUCCCUAAGCUCUUAUUGAACAAGCUUGGACUUGACGACAUUAUUUCGCGUGUUCCAGACGCUUAUCUUAGGGCCAUAUUCGGAAGCUACCUGGCAUCUCGCUUUGUGUACGAGUUUGGCAGUCAACCUAGUCAAUUUGCGUUCUAUGACUUCAUGUCCAAGAGAAUGGCCAAGGUGGAAUCCACUUGAUGCCUGGUUCCCACCGAAAAGUGAAUUUAAGUACAAGGUGACUCGAGCAUCCAAACAGCUUUCUUGCUCGACGGCGUUGGGGGAAAAAGUAAUAGAAUAAAUGUUUAGAUCCUGCUAUAAGCAGGAUUCCAAACUGAAGCGUUCAAUACUGAUUAAUAGAAGCGCUUUGAUUUCUUUUACAUCGUCUCAAUGCGUGAUAUGUGUUGCGAAACCUUUUAUGUUCUCUAUCUCUUGAGUUACAUCGCAUUGUCCAAACUAUAGAUCGGAUGGUUUUGAGGUCACUCAUAAGAUGCAACCUAAACUACAUAUCGGCAAAAUAUUACGCGAUACUGAUGCAUAACGCGGCCAGAGAAGCUAGGGAACAGCAUUUGUAACCUUCUCGCUAAGUUCUGACCGCGGGCAUUCAGUGCUACCGUGUAUCGAUAAUGCGAAGGACAUGAU